GCAGCUACAUCGACGAGAUGAGCUUAGACUUCUCCCGGAGUUCCUCGGCGCGCGCCUCGGGCCGUCCCACGGGCGAGUUUAUCGCCCUGCUCCGCGAGAGGGGCGCGAUCUACUCUGAGGAGAGCGACGCAGAGUUAUGGCGCGAUCGCAGGUGCCAGGCGAAGCGCGCCAUCGUGGACGAGCGCAUGGACCUUCGCUGCGGGACUCCGUCGUUGCGAGCAUGCUCCGGGAGCGCGUGGAGGGCGGGCGCGUCGGCGUUCGACUUGGUUGCCCAGGCCGCCGUGGAGCCCUCGGUCGCCUUCGACGGGGGGCCCGACGUCGGCGGCGCCCCUCGACUCGACGCCGCGGUCGCCGCCGAUUCCGUCGAGCAGGGCGCCGAGCUGGCGGCGGAGAAAGCGGCGGCCGCGUUCGGGGUGGACUCCGUCGGGCUCCUUGAGCAGCGGGCGAACCAUGCUGGGCCGAGCGUCUGCGACCCCAUAUUUGGCCCCUCGGCGCGGCCAUGCAGGCCGAGGCUCGAGCCCCCCGAGGAACGGGCGGAGAAGCUCUCUCCGAGCGGCGACUCCAGCAUCGCGGCCGACGCAGAG